AUGGGCGGCCGCGGUGCCCCCCGGGGCGCGGCGCCCCCCGCGGUGGCCGAGGGCGGCCGGGCCCGCGAGCCGCUGCAGCUGCUGGAGGUGUCCGCGCGCCGGAGGCUGCCCGGGCCGGAGCGGGACCCGCGCGGCAGCCGCCCUGCCCCCGAGGGCGCGGGGCCGUGCGCGGAGCUGGGCCACGCGGCGGGCGCGGGCGGCUGGUGCCGCCACUGCCACGCGAAGCUGGCGGAGCUCAAGCGACAGGCGUGGAAGCUGGUCGGCGGGUCCGGGCAGCCCCUCCGGGACCCCUGCCUCUCCGCCCUCCUGCUGGACAAGCUGCCCGCCUGCCGUCCGGAGGCCGAGCGCGCCUGUGAUGCCUGUGCCGCCCACUUGAGCCAGCUGACCCGUGAGGCCCUGCGGCUGCUGCAGGUCCCAGCCGGCCGCGAGGACCCCGCUGGCCCCCAUGCUGCGCCCGGCCCCACUGCCAGCCUGGAGCAGAGGAGGGCGUCAGCCUGGCCGCCCAGGCCUGGCGUCCAGGUGUCGGUGGUGCCCGCCGGCCUGGGGGGCGCGCUGAGCACGGUGACCAUCCAAGCACAGCAACGCCUGGAGGGCGUGUGGGGCGCAUCCAGGGCCAGCGGCCUCCUGCCGGCCUCCUGCCUGGCCGAGGCGGCCGUGGCCGCGGUGGCGGUGGCAGACACGGUCCGGGAGGCGCCCCCCACGGUGGGCCCUGAUGGUGUGUCCAAGACAUGGGGCCGCGGCGGGGCCCCGGGGGGCUCGGCGGGCGCCCCCUCAGGCACCUCGGCGGCGGCCUCCUUCUUCCUCAGGGCCGCGCAGAAGCUCAGCCUGGCCUCCAAGCGCAAGAAGCCCCACCCGCCGCCAGCGCCCCCUGCCCGCGGCACCUCCACCUACCCCACCAACUUCAGCGGGGUCCUGCAGCUGUGGCCGCCCCCUGCACCGCCUUGCCUGCUCAGAGCUGCCUCCAAGGUCAAGGAGAAUGCUGGCAGCGCGGGGAAGGUGAAGGUCAUGCUUAGGAUAUGGCCGGCCCAGGGGACCGAGUGCUCGACCUUCCUGAAGGUGGACCCCCGGAAGAAGCAGGUGACCCUCUACGACCCGGCCGCUGGGCCCCCGGGCAGCCUGGGCGCCCGCCGCGCCGUGGCCGCCGCCCCCAGGAUGUUUGCCUUCGAUGCUGUCUUCCCCCGGGAUUCGGAGCAGGCUGAGGUCUGCUCGGGGGCCGUGGCCGAUGUGCUGCAGUCGGUUGUCAGCGGCGCUGAUGGCUGCAUUUUUUCCUUUGGCCACACGAGCCUGGGCACGGCCUACACCAUGAUUGGGAAGGACAGCUCUCCGCAGAGCCUGGGCGUGGUGCCCUGCGCCAUCUCCUGGCUGUUCCGGCUCAUCGACGGGUGCAGGGAGCGCGGCGGCGCCCGCUUCUCCGUCCGCGUCUCCGCCGUGGAGGUGUGCGGCCGAGAUGCCAGCCUGCGGGACCUGCUGGCCGAGGUGGCCGCUGGCAGCCUACAGGAUGCCCAGUCUCCGGGCAUGUGCCUGUGGGAGGACCCGGUCUGUGGGGCACAGCUGCAGAGCCAGAGUGAGCUGAGGGCGCCCACGGCGGAGAAGGCAGCCCUCUACCUGGACGCAGCCCUGGCGGCCCGCAGCCCUGGCAGCUCCCACAUGCUGUUCACGCUGCAUGUGUACCAGCACCGCGUGGAGAAGGGCGGCCAGGGGCACAUGUCCGGAGGCCGUAGCCGCCUGCACCUCAUUGACCUGGGCAGCUGCGAGGGAACGCCUGGCAGGGUCAGCGAGGCCCCCGGGGGCCACCUGUGCCUGUCCCUUUCAGCCUUGGGCAGUGUCAUCAUGGCUCUGGUCAGUGGGGCCAAGCACGUCCCCUAUAGGGACCACCGGCUCACCGCACUGCUGCGCGAGUCCCUGGCCGCCAGUGCCUGCCGCGCCACCAUGGUGGCCCACGUCUCGGACUCGCCCGCCUGCCACGCGGAGACGCUCAGCACCGUGCAGCUGGCAGCGCGCAUCCACCGCCUGCGCCGGAGGAGGGUCAAGUACGCUUCCAGCUCCUCGGGCGGGGAGAGCUCCUGCGAGGAAGGCCGCGCCCGCCGCCCCCCGCCCCUGCGGCCCCUCCACCCACGCUCCCUGGUCCCAGACCCCGACCGCCCAGGCCCCGGCCUGCCCGGCGACCCCGACUACUCGUCCAGCAGCGAGCAGUCCUGCGACACGGUCAUCUACGUGGGGCCCGGCGGGGCGGCGCUGUCGGACCGAGAGCUCACGGACAACGAGGGCCCGCCCGACUUCCUGCCCAUCGUCCCAGCCCUGAGCCGCCGCCGGCCCGCCGAGGGCCCGCGGGACGCCGAUCACUUCCGUUGCAGCACCUUCGCCGAGCUGCAGGAGCGGCUGGAGUGCAUCGACGGCAGCGAGGGCCCCGAGGGCGCCCAGCCCGGCCCAGCCCGAGGGGGCAGGAAGCCCUCACCGCCCGAGGCCACGGCCCCCAGGAAGGCGGCCGGCUCCCCGCUGGCGGCCAGCACCCCUCGUGGCUGCCCCGGCCCGGGCCCCCACUGGGGUGCCCUGGAGCCCUCUGUGGCCAGCUCCCGGGGUGACCAGAGAGAGGAGCUGCCCACGCCGGACAAGGACACGGGGGGCAGAGGCCAGAGGCUGCUGCCCAGUCCGGCCCCUCCGCCCCCUCAACCGCCGGCAGCGGGCAGGGUCCCCGAGGAGCACGGAGGUGGGGGUGCAGGCGGAGGGGCCCGGACGCCCCCUGUGGGCUGCCCCCGCCCCCCUGCACAGGGCCACCGCCUGGAGCGGGGCUUGCUCACCACCACAGUCACGCUGCAGCAGCCCGUGGAGCUCAACGGUGAGGACGAGCUGGUGUUCACGGUGGUGGAGGAGCUGUCGCUGGGGGCGCUCGCUGGUCCCGGCCGCCCCGCCAGCCUGGCCAGCUUCGGCAGCGACUGCUCCCUGCAAGCCCUGGCCUCGGGGUCCAGGCCUGUCAGCAUCAUCAGCAGCAUCAACGACGAGUAUGACGCCUACACCUCACAGGUUCCUGGGGGGACCCCGGAUGGGGCAGCCUGCACCGGCGGCCCACGGGGCUCCCCCGCCCGCGCCUGGCUCUGCACGGCUGACAGCUGCGGCCCCCUGCUGCAGCCCCCGCGGCGGCCCAGCCCCGACCCUCUCUGCCCCAGCUCCCCGGCAGGACCCGGCCCCCUGGGCCCCCCCACCCUGGACAGCUCCCCGGGGGUGGGCAGCCUUCGGUCCUCAGAGCAGGAGGGACAGGACAGCCCCGGGCCUGCCCACGGUGCUCACCCUGGGGAGGCCGCCACUGCAGCCCCCACCCAAGGCGGCAGGGAGCGGCGGGCCUGGUCUCCCCGGGGGCCUGUGCCCGCCCAGACCAUCCACUCCAGCCUGCCCCGAAAGCCCAGGACUACCUGCAGUGCCAGCCGCGCAGGCUGCCCCCACCCGGGCCUGAGCCCGCCCGGCCCCGGGGGCGCCUUCGAGGACCCCUGGCGGCUGCGGGCAGAGGAGGGAGGGACUCUCCAGGCGGCUCCUGCGGGCAGGGCCCCCAGCCCGGCCCCGCCACCGGCGAGCACAUGGCGGGUGGUGGACGGCUGUGAAGUGAUGGCCAGGGUGGCCCCCAGGCCGGAGGUGGGGGCUCCGAUAACACCUCUGCGGAGGGGAGCCACCACCCUGGGCGUGACCACGCCAGCGGCAGCCUGCAGCGACACCCUGACCGAGACAGCGGCCAGCCCCAAGGCUACCCCUAGCAGCAAGAAGGCCACGGCCCCCAAGGGGGGUGCGUUGCCCAGGCCCAGUGUCGGCCCCCCGGCCCCACCUGUGCGGAAGUCCAGCCUGCAGAGCAAGAGCAGCCCGGCGCCCGCAUCUCCCCUGCCUGCCGCCCCUGCCCGGGGCGGGGAGGACGCCAAGCCCAGCGGCCGGGCAGACCACUUGGUGUCCAGGGCCACGUCCAGUCUAAAGGCCCGGCCUGGCAAGGUGGAGGCAGCGCCCCGUCCUGCCGCCCACGGGUCUCUGGAGCGGUGGGAGGGCCUGGUGCACGGCGGGGGUAAGGCCAGGGAAGCCGCCGGGCGGCCCGUCCGGGCUGUGCCCAGGCUGGGUGUGCCACCCCCGAGCCCCACGACUGGCCCUGCUGCUGCCUGCCGGGGCGGUCUGGCCAAGGGCGUGGGGGUCCCCAAGUCCCCGGCUGGUGGAGGCAAGGGCCGCAGCCUUGCGGCCGCUGGGUCAAGGGCUCUGGCUGCUCCGGUGAAGCCACUGCCCCCUGCGGCCGGCAGGGCCCCCGGCAGCCCGGCGGGGGGCCCCAGGGUCACCCCUCGGUCAGUACCUGGCAUGGGGGCCAAGGCCGGCAGGGGCACCAUCAUGGGCACCAAGCAGGCGCUCCGGGCGGCCCACAGCCGCGUCAACGAGCUGGUGUCCAGCGGAGCUCCCGGCAGGGGCGGCCCUUCAUGGGGCUCAGCCGACUCGGACAGUGGCAACGACAGCGGCGUGACCCUGGGCGAGGAGCGGCCGGCGCUGCCCUCGCCGUACAGCAAGGUGACGGCCCCGCGGCGGCCCCAGCGCCACAGCAGCGGCCACGGCAGCGACAACAGCAGCGUGUUGAGCGGCGAGCUCCCGCCUGCCAUGGGCCGCACCGCCCUCUUCUACCACAGCGGGGGCAGCAGCGGCUACGAGAGCGUGGUGCGGGACAGCGAGGCCACGGGCAGCGCCUCCUCUGCCCCCGACUCCCUGAGCGACAGCGGCGCUGCUUCCCCGGGCGCCCGCUCCCGCAGCCUCAAGUCUCCCAAGAAGAGGGCCACAGGUCUGCAGCGGCGACGGCUGAUCCCCACCCCUCUGCCUGACGCCGCUGCCCUGGGCCGCAAGCCCAGCCUCCCUGGGCAGUGGGUGGACCUGCCCCCACCGCUGGCCGGCUCCUUGAAGGAGCCCUUUGAGAUCAAGGUGUAUGAGAUCGAUGACGUGGAGCGUCUGCAGCGGCACCGCCCGUCCCCCAGGGAGGACCCAGCUGAGCCCUCCCUGGAAGUGGAGAAGGGCCUGGUGUGUGUCAGUGCGAAGCUGCGGCUGGCGGAGCGCAGGCAGCAACGGCUGCGUGAGGUGCAGGCCAGGCACCAGCACCUGAGCACAGAGCUGGCCCAGACGCAGGGCCGGCUGAUGGUGGAGCCUGGCCGCUGGCUGGAGCAGUUCCAGGUGGGCCCGGAGCUGGAGCCCGAGUCGGCCGAGUACCUGGCGGCGCUGGAGCGCGCCACAGCCGCGCUGGAGCAGUGCGUGAACCUGUGCAAGGCCCACGUCAUGAUGGUCACCUGCUUCGACGUCAGCCUCUCGGCCCCCGCCGCCGCCCCUGGGCCGCAGGAGGUGGACGUCUGAGGCCGGGCGGGAGGGCAAAGGGGUGAGGCCCAGUGUGGGUGGAUGAGGAUGUGCUGGGGGUGGGGGCGAGGCUGCCGAGGUGGGUGCGGGGUCUCGGGGAGACCCUGCAGCACGGGGCGCGGACGGGCGAGGGCGUGAGCACCGCAGGGAAGACUUUUGCCUCGACGGCGCCGCAAGUGCCUUUGACCUGGGCGGGUCUGGCCGCCUCGCGGUCAGUGCUGAGGCGACACCAGCAGCCGCGUGCCCGGCGCCGGGCGGUGGCCGCAGCCAAGCAGCUCCAUGUAGCAGGCGGGCCUGGGGUCCCCGGGCUCCCCUUCAGUCAGGACCACCCCUGACUGCUGUUCUCCUGGUCGCGGGUUCCCCCACGGCCGCCCGGUCUUGGAGGGGGUCCUCCGGGGCCUGCUGCCUCUUGAGGACGCUGGGGGCACAGCACCUAAGGGCUGACGAGGGCGCUGACGCCUUCUUCCACGGCAGGAAUUCUUACCAAAUCCACAAGCAAAAAAGAAAAUCACAAAUAUGGGGGUCUGGGUUUUGUAAGGUUCUGUGGGUUCUUAUUUUUCUACCGUCCUGUCCACGCGCCAUUUGUAGUGAGGGCAGAGGCUGCUGCUGGUCUUCUGUGGGGGCGUCCCCGGGGCUCCUCAGGGCUGCCCGGCCGGGGUGCCCCGAGGUGGCCUGCGAGUGCAGGGCGGGGGCCGCGGGGGCGGUGCCCGCUCACCAGGAGCCAGCCCUUCUCCUGACGCGCGUGUUUAGGGGUGCGCCUUUGUACAGACGUGUACAUAGCCUCUUGCUACAGCUUUUUGUGAAUAAACGAUGCCUCGAUUGU